GCAAAAGGAAGUUGGCGUCCAAGAGGAUCAUUUUAUUCGCCUCCAGCGACGAUCCACACAAGGGAAAAUUGGAUCUCCAAAAGCAUGCUAGACAAAAGUCGCAGGAUUUGAAAGACAAUGGAGUGGAAAUUGAGUUGCUGCCGAUUGGUUCUCGGGACUUCAAUGUCAACACUUUCUACGAAACAAUUGUGACCAGUGCAGAAACAGAUGCGACUGAGAAAUUGCAACAGAUGCAAGAAAGAGUGAGAAAGAGGGCCUAUAAAAGGAGACCCAAUGGACACGUGGAGCUGGAAAUUGCCCCUGAUUUGAAAAUCUCCGUUGAAGUUUACAACCUGGUUAGGUCGUUGAAUAAACCAACUGCUGUCAAGCUCUCCAAGCGCACUAAUGAAGAAGUUCUGGCCAUAACCAACACCUUUACAAAAGAAACCGGCCAGCUUCUCAUGUCUGAUGACGUGGUGAAAACGCAGGAAUAUGGUGGCAAGAAAUUCGCAUUUUCUCAAGCAGAAGCGAGAGAAAUCAAGAGUAUCCUGAAAGACCCCAUCAUCAGGAUCGUUGGGUUCACUAAGCUGGAUACUGUAGUCAAGCAAGAACCUUCAGAACCAGACCCUGCUGAUCCAGACACUGUCAUCAACAAACCCUUGAAGCAUCUGAAAUUACAACAUCACGUGGCCCCAGCAUCCUUCAUUUACCCUGACGAAAAAAACAUCAAAGGAUCGACCAAGUUAUUCAAGGCCCUGUUGAGUCGGUGUUUUGUGAGAGGUGUUGCCCCAAUUGCCUGGUUCAUGCCCAGAAGGAAUGUCAAUUUGAGACUGGUUGCACUGGUGCCUGAAACUGAUGAUGAUGAUGUUGGUGGGAACCGCUUGACACCACCUGGGUUCCACGUGGUUCCUUUGCCAUAUGCGGAUGACUUCAGGAAUGCGGAGAUUUCACCGGAAUGCGAAAUUGUCCCGAGCAACGAUGAGCAAAUCGAAGCCGCCACUGCUUUGAUUGAGAAACUAAAGACGGAAUAUUCUGACGAUCUUUUCAAGAACCCGAGUUUGCAGAAACAUUGGCGCAAUAUUGAAGCCUUGGCUCUGGAGAAAGAAGAAGCUGAUGAAUUUAUCGAUACUACUUUACCAGAUUUGAAAACCAUCAAAAAGAAAGCUGAGAAAGAAAUCGAGGCAUUCAAAAGCGUGGUGUUUCCUGUUGACUAUGAUGGUGCAAAAGCAAUCAAGAAGCCGGCUGUUGUGAAAAGAAGGUUUCCGAGUUCUGAGGAUGAAAAGCCAGCUGCUGUCAGGAAGGUCAAAAAGGAUGCCAGUGGGAUUGACAUGGACGAACAAGUCAAAAACGGAACCGUUGAAAAGCUCACAGUGGACAUUCUCAAGUCCUACCUCAGUUCCCAAGGAGUCAAGAUUUCUGGGCUCAAGAAGGCUGAUUUGGUUUCGAAGGUAUAUUCCCUGGUUGAAUGAUGCAACAUUCCGUUUAUUUCUCCAGUGUUCAACACUGAUGCUUUAUGCACUGUCGCAAUUGCCUUACGAUUUUCUGCAAUGAAAUAAAUGUUGCCCGUGUGCGUCUGAGAA